UAAAAACAAGCUAUGCGGCAAAACCGCUGAAAAUUUCUAUUUUUUCAUACCAAAUAUGAGUUAUGGAUUUUAAUUUUAGAAAUCGCGCCAUAUCUUAAAAACCAAGGCUUAUUUCGAAAAAGUCAAUCAGUCGAGGGCACUAGCCGGGACCUUCCCCAAUACGAUCCCGUUUAGUUUAGGUUACCAAAAUGUAUCGUCUAGGCUGUAGCUCAGUGGAGAAAUUGGUAGCCGAAAUUGCAAAAUUUUUCGGAAAUUUGAACUUACCGCCUGUACCUAGCAUUAUUUCGAAAAAAUUUUCGAGUAAAUAUUAUAGAUAAUGCGGUUAUGAACAUAUUUGCUAUUACAUACAACUUUGUGUUAUGCACCCAAUUCAUUCAGCGAAACAUUUAUGAUUUCGAAACCGAAAAAUCGGUUUUUAUUGAAUUUCUUGAAAAUGGUUCAAGAUACCAUGAAUUAGAAAAAAGUCAUUUUAAAACUUUUCGAGAGGCAUCUAAUGCACUUUACGGCAUCUCUUUACGCCCAACCGUUUUUUUGUACGAGCCCCCGACAUUUCCCAUAAGAGUGCCUGACAACAUACUAUAUGUUCCACAUAUAGCGCCAAAUGUCUCAGGUUGCCCCGACAUUUGAGCUUAUGGUGGAAAAAAUAGAAUAAAGUGAGGUUUAAAUUAGAUCGAUCAACAAGUUCUCUUUUUGUUAACUAUCGCGAGUAGAAAUUUAUUAAAAUUAAGUGAUAAUGUCUUCCUCAUUAACUGAACCAGUUGCAAAAACAGUUAUUAUUGAACCUAGCAAAGAGAAAAGUGGUGGCGUGGUAAAUGUUGGUCCAGGUGUUGCAAAAAUCAAAUCAGAAUUUCUCAUUGUUGUUAAUACUAAUAGUCAGCGUGAAAAAAUUGUCAAGCUUGAUGAAUUGGCUGGGUCUUCAGAACCGGAAGUUAAGAGGUUGAAAAUUUCUGGGACAAAUGGAGAAUGUGAUGGAGGAGACGACAAUGACGACACCGAGCUUGUCGAAUUUGGUGGUGGUGCUAAUUCAAAGGAAGAGGAUGGAGCAACAGCAAAAAAGAAAAAGGAUAAGCCACGAGGACAAAACAAACCUAAAGACCGACCUCGUCCGCCAAAGUUCUUAAACGAGAAUAAAUUAUGUCCCAAUCUGCUUGAUGGGAAGGGAUCGUGUAUGUGGGCAUCCAAUUGCAAAUUUAUGCAUGAUAUCGAUAAGUAUCUGGCUUCGAAAACGGAUAACAUUGAAGGAGAAUGUUACGUUUACAAAAAAUAUGGAAAAUGUUCCCGUGGCUUAACCUGUCUUUAUCAAACCUCGCAUACGGAUUCAGAACACGUUAACAUGGUCAAUCAGCCACUUUGGUCAGAAAUGCAGGCAGAAUUUGAAGCCACGCAUAAAUUCUUGUUACCAAAGGAUAAACAAAUCGCCCUGCGCAAAAGGACAUUCGAUUUUAAAGAGGUGGAAAAGAUUUACAGCGGCAACGCCCCAACUACAACACCCAAAUCAACAGAAUUAAAUGGCGAUACGACAAAAACCUUGGGUGCUGUGACGGAUGCAGAUUUGGUUCCAUUACGCGUUUCAGAAAUUAAGAAGAUUGACUGGCAAGAUAAAUUGUACCUAUCACCUCUUACAACUGUAGGGAAUUUGCCUUUUAGACGACUCUGUGUCGAGAUGGGAGCAGAUAUUACAUGUUCGGAAAUGUCUUUGGCGACAUCCAUCCUGCAAGGAAGUACGCAUGAGUUUGCUUUACAUCGAAGACAUCCGUCCGAGAAAUUGUGGGGUGUACAAUUAUGUGCUAGCAACGGAGCCGUUUGUGCAAAAGCUGCUCAUACCUUGAUGGAAUGUGGAAUAGAGUACGAUUUCGUCGAUUUAAAUAUGGGAUGUCCCUUGGAUCCAAUUUAUCGACAGGGCGCCGGAAGUGGUUUGAUGUGCCGAGGUAACAAGUUCCACUCCUUGGUUAAAGGGAUGACGAAAGUUCUUGCUGCAAAGGACAAAGCUUUUACAGUGAAAAUGAGGACGGGAAUCAAGAUGGAUAAGAACAUUGCUCAUAGUUAUGUUGAAUUUUGUCGAGAUAAUGGCGUAUCUGCGGUCACACUGCAUGGUCGCACAAGGGAACAACGGUAUUUACGCCAUGCCGAUUGGAAUUAUAUUGGAACAUGUGCUAAAAUUGCGAGCCCCAUGGCUCUCUUUGGAAAUGGGGACGUUAUGUCGUGGGACGAUUAUUUGCAAAGGAAAACAAUAUCGAAUGCUUCCGGAGUUAUGAUUGGUCGUGGUGCCUUAAUUAAGCCCUGGGUCUUUCAAGAAAUCAAAGAACAAAGAGAUAUCGACAUGACAUCGUCUCAAAGAUUGGAACUUAUUAGAAAAUAUGUCAAUUACGGGUUAGAUCAUUGGGGCUCUGAUUCUCAAGGAGUAGGAACAACACGAAAGUUCUUACUAGAAUGGCUCUCCUUUUAUCAUCGCUACAUCCCAUUAGGCAUUUUGGAAGACCCACCCCAGCGAAUUAAUCAAAGACCGGAAAAAUAUUUUGGACGGGAUGAAAUGGAGACAUUGUUGGCCAGUUCGAAUUGUAAUGAUUGGGUAAAAAUCAGUGAAAUGUUUCUCGGCCCAGUCCCUGACUUUUUCGAGUUUGUUCCAAAACAUAAAGCCAACGCUUGGUCGAAUGGAUAAAAUCGAAUUCACACAUGACUUUCAAUUCAAGAAACCUCAACAUCUUUCAACUUCAAUAAAGUUUCCCAUUUGAUUUGAUUUCGUAUAACGUAUAUAAAAAAAUUGUUCAACUUUAUAGAAUAGCAUUUUCAAUUUGUUACUGUAUGAAUGUCUUUCCACAUUAUGCUUCUUCGUGAAUUUGACACUUUUCUUCUCAGAAUAUAUACAUAGACAGCAGACAUACGUAGUAAGUACGUGUGUUCCUAUACCCAGUCAA